AUGGGAUGUAUGAAUGCUUCUGGAUAUAUAUCAGGACCUAUUGAACCAUUCUAUUAAUCCAAUAAAUCAAAUUUUGAAGCAUUUUUAAUUGAAUAAUUAACACUCUUAGGAUUCCAAGAAAGUCAAAUUGUAAUUUCAAAAACAAUAGAAAUCAAAUUCAUGUAUCAAUUUAUCAUUAUCUAUCCUAUAGACCCUAUCUUAAAGAAUUACAAACCUCUAUUUAAUAAGACAUCCAUUCACCCUUUCAUAAUAAUAUAUACUUGAUUCCAGUCUUAACCAAUUAACUAAGAGAAAUUUACAUCAAAACAUCAGAAUUCUUAAUUAGAUUUCAAGAUUACAAAUUAAAUACAUUAAUAAAUAAAGUUGGUCUCAAAUAUUAAGCUCUCCUUAGAGUAGGUGAUCUAUUCCCAAAAUAAUUAAAUUUAAGAUUUUAUAAUAAUUAGAUCUCCAAAAUUCAAAUAGAUCCCAAUAUCAUUAUCAUUGUCAUAAAUUAAAUUGAUAUUGGUUAUGCACUUUUACAAUUCAUUAAAGAUCUUAAUCAAAUAUAUUUACUUGUCUUUCGUUAUGAUGAAAAUGAUAAUUAAAACAUUAACUUAUUCAUUGAAACAAAUUCAUUACAAAAGUAUCAUCUCUAUAAUCCCUAGUUGUUCAGUAAUAAUUGGUGUCGAUGACAAAGAAGAUAGAUACAAUACUAUUAUUAAUCUUUAUACCAAAGUUAUCAAAAAAUAAAAGAAAAAUUAGAAUUCUGAUUCACAUUCCAGAAUACUUACUCAAUUCUUAAAUCAAGAAGAUCAAGAGUAAUUUUGGGAUGAUGGAACUCUCAUUUUCAAUUUUUUAAAUUCAACCCAAACUCAUAUAUCCACCAAUACAUCAAUAAUUACAAUAUAGAAUUACAAAAUCAUUACAAUAAACGAAUUUAAUACUAAAGACUAAUAAUUUCAUACUUAGAAGUCUUUACAAGAUAAAAAACAUAUAGAUUAAUAUAUCUAUAAGUCAAUAAAGUAAAUCAUGAUUAAAGAACUUAUUUAAGCACUUUAAUUGAAAUCUUCUUAAUUCUCUCAAUAUUUCAAAUUAAAAUUGUCAACACAAAAGAUUUAUAAAGAUUUGAAAUUGUAAUAAAAAAUUUAUAUGUCUUCACAAUUGAAAUUACAAAAUGUUAAUGAAAUUGAGAGUAAAACUUAAGAAAUAUUAACCAUCAUCAAAAAAGCUUCUUAUGAUACUUUAAUUAUUAAAUAAUCUUCAAAAUUCUAAUUACCUAAUAAAAUAAGAAUUUAUCAGAUUUUAUAAUAAAUUUUCAUAGAUCAAGAUAUUAAUCAAGUAUAAAUUAUGAUUAAUUCCAUUUUACAUAUAUAAUGGAGUCUUGGAGAUGAAAUCAUUAAUAGUCAAUUCAAUAUUAAAAAUUAGAAUUAUUAAAAUUAUAAAUAUAAAUGGAAAAUGAUUAAAUUUUAUGAUAAUUUCAAAAUCAUCAAUCUUGCUCAACCUAAAAAAUAAUAAGUCUACUUUUAAGCUAAAUAAUUGAUAAAAUGUUUAAUUCGAAAAUCUGAUUAAGAAAUAGUAAAUAAAAUUACAAAUUAAAUAAUACUUGAUAAAUGGAAUUUAAAUGAAGAAUACUAUCCUAUUUGUGAUGUUUAUUAGAUUUCAUUUAUUAAUUCAACUUCAGUUGAUGAAACUUCUCAAUAUCAAGAGAAACUAGAUAAAAUAGUAGUCUCGUAAGAGGUAUUCAAUUAUCUUUAUUAUUAUUAAGAAUUAAUAUUUGAUCAUCUUUUUAAUGGAUUACUAGGAUCCUCAAAGGAUUAGUUAAUUAGAUUAAAUAAUUUCUCUCCCUUUACAAUUAGAUAUCAAAUUAAUUAUUUUAAGCAAUUCUGAAUUUGAUAAUGAUAAUUUUGAACAAUUAUUGAAUAAGAAGAAAAUUGAAAAAAGAAUAUAUUAAAAAAACAUUUAAUUUUGGUUUCCCAUUUAAUCCUAAAUAAAUGAAAUGCCAUUUUCCCAAUAUUUGGAAAUCUUCUAUAAUCUCAAUUAAAAAGAAAAUGUCAUUAUUAUUAACAAUAAAUAAUUAUUGUGUCAUAAAAUAACAGGAUUUCAUUUAAUAACAAUGUUAUAGGAGAGAAAUUAUUAAGAUGAUGAUAAGAAAUAAUAUAAUUAUUAUUAAAGUAAAAAUCAAUAGAGAAUUGUAAAUAAUGAGUAAUUAAAAAAAGUAAGAUAGUAAUUGAAAUAAAAUAUUGAGAAGGAAAUUAAAUAAUAAUAAUAAUUAUCAUUAUAGAAUGAAUAGGAUCAUUAAACAAAUAUGAUAUUCGAUUUUAAAUGGGCAAAAGAGAAGACUAUUAAGUUGGAUGGAUAGUAGAAGGUAUCAGUUGUUUCUAAACAAUACUUAAAACCUAUAUUCAAUAAUAAUAGUGGAAUAUAAUUUGAAAUAUUUUAAUAGAUAAUAUCUAAUAAACAAUACGAUUUUCAAUGA